AUGGCGCCACGAACUUCUCCCAAGCCAGCUGCCUCUAGCAAGCAGACUACUCUCGGGCCUCAUCUGAUCAGAAGCGGCAGCGCAAAGUCGACGUCCUCCACUGCCACGACGGCCCGGAAAAAGCUCUCAGCAACAACCCAAAACGCGUCAGACAGUCGCGUCGAAACCGAUGUCCUCCUUGCCAUUCUGCCCGUGCAUCUCCGAAACAUUGCCAGCAAGCACAAGAACCACGAGUACCGAAAGUACCGGCUGCAAGACGGCGUCGAGCGGCUGUGGUUCUACGAGACGCGCGGCACCAAGGGAGAUCCGGGCCGCGCCGCCAUCACUCACAUCGCGACCAUUCCUCCGACCACGCGCCACACGCCCGGUAGCGUGCCGGAGGAGCCAGAGGGCAUCGGGAACGCCGACUUCAACGCGGGCCUGAAACAGUCUAGGUACGGGUAUCCGAUCCUGGGCAUGCACGAGCUCGCCAAGCCCAUCACGCUGGAGGAGAUGAAGACGUCGUGGGGACUGCCGGCCCCGAUGGGCUGGAGCUACGUGCGGAGGGGCCUCUGGGAGAGUCAAUGGGGUGACGAGGAGGGGCGGGAGGAGCGCCUCAAGAAAUUUACGGGAGCCCUUCUCGAUGCAGCCUGUGCCGUCAACCUCGUCAACAACGUUCCCGUCGUGCCCUCCAAGAGCCACAACGUCAUCGGCACCAUCCCCAGCCAGGUCGCCGACGAGGUCGUCAUCGUCGGCACGCACCGCGACGGCUGCUGUGGAUCGAGGCGCACCUGGACUGGCUGCGCGCCACGGCCGUCGCCUACCUCAACGUCGUCGUCGCCGCCUCCGGGCCCGUCUUCCACGCCAAGGCCAGCCCGCUGCUGCACCGCGCGCGUGCCCUCGCCGUCCGCGCCCGGCCGGUCCGUCCUGGACGUCUGGGGCGGCCACGUCGACCCGGCCGGCGGCCGCGACGCGGUGCGCUUUCAGGGCCUACCGUGCGUAGCCACCAUGGACGUCGGCUUCUCGCCCGGGGUUGGCGAUGCGGGUGUUUCCGUAUAA